CACCAGUCAUUCCACAGGUUUCUUCUAAAUAUUAGUUUUCAGUAACUCGUUACGUUCCAAUGUUUCGAUUUUAUCGAUAUUUUCUAGAACUUCUAGUUUAUCCGUUUCUUUCGAUUUACUCGGUCAUAUGUAAAGGUUUCGUCCUUUUUUAAGUAAUAUAAUUGACACCCCACGUAGUAACGGAUAUACUAUGCGGUUUAAGAGGAAUUUCCUCCUGCUGACACUCCGGCUGUGGAAUCAGCUUCCUGCCGCUGAGGUUUUCCUAAAGGUCUGCCGUAUGGGGUUCUUCAAAAAAGGAGUGGAGUAAAGGGUCGACAACGCGCAUAUAACACCUCUGGAGUUACUGAAGUCCAUAGGCUACGGUGAAUGCUUAACAUCAGGCGGGCCGUAUGCUUGUUUGUCACCGUCAUGGUAUAUAAAAAAUAAGCUUAUAAUGACUGGGUUUUAUUUAUUUACCGCACUAUGCAGUUGUAACAGUUUUGAAUGAUUCACGGUUAGUUUCAGUAAACUUAAAUCGACCGGGAUAUAAACCGUGAUUACCUUUUAUAUUGUUUUUGAGCUCCCGAUAUUUCGACGCAGUUACAUGCAUCUUGUUCACGGGUAACUUAAAUCGACAGGGUUUAUUUUAUAUCCCGGGUAGGUUCAGAAUACAGCUUUAGGUUGUAUUGUUAUCAUCAGAUUAAGAUAAUUCAAUAAUAUCUCUAUAGGUAGGUAUACUGACAAUAAAUCAAUUAGAAUAGAAUAGAAGUAGUUUAUUCGUGGCAAAAAUACACAGAUAAAAAUAGGAACAAAAAGAAACUUCACAUCACAACGUAUAACAUUACAUGACAUGACACUUAUUAGCCAUGAAAUGGUCCCGAUUCAGCAUGGUGUUAGCCUGGAUGGGCCAACGCUGGUCUUCCGCCGGGGACAUACCUAAUUACGUUAUUGCUAUAAAUUAUUAUUUAUAUCUGAGUUACCAAUACUCGUAGUCCUCAUUUGUUUUUGGCUGAUGCGACUACUGUAAUUGCAGGACACUUCCUUUUUUAAACAAACGAAUUUCUUAGGAACUGAUUUCACUGUAGAAUUCUUCGUGAUGAUGUAAUUAACACCAAUGUGCAAAGAUCAUACAGGCUCAUUUGAUUAAAAAAACAAAGGUUAUAUUUUAUAAUCUAAAAUAUGUUUCGUUUGUUUCAGAAUAACGCGCAACAUGAAAAACGUUUGGAUGAUCAUCUUUGCUGUUAUUACAAUCAGUGCAAAUAUUGCGAUAACGAAGAACGCAGAGCGCCUUGGUCAAAUAAAACUGCAUAAAAGUGCUAAAUCAACGUCUCCCGGGGACGAAAAGGAUGCGGAAAAGAUCUUGGCGUACCGGAAUUACGGUAUACCACUUUAUAGUGAGGCAAGUCGUAACUACACCACUAGAAUUAUUUCACACAGAAAAACUAGACGAAAAGGGAAUAUUAUUGUAAACCGCUUCAGACGUGAUUUAGUAUCCGGCAAUAUUAUUAUAACACACAAUUUUAACGAGAAGAUCCUGACACCCGGGGACGACGUCAGUUUACAAUGCACAGCAACGGCUGAGAGGCCACCUCGGUUCGUCUGGAACAGAGACGGAGUCGUUAUAUCCCCAAACACAGAACAAAGAUACACUAUAGGCCAGAUGAUGUCACCCAAUGGGGUCGGUGUUGUGUCCCACUUGAAUAUAACACGGUCUAGAGUGGAGGAUGGCGGCUUGUACUCCUGCAUAGCAGUGGAAGGGGAAUCCAGUGUCAGUCAUUCAGCUAGGAUCGACGUUUAUGGUCCACCGUAUAUCAGGUCUUUACCGCCAAUAAAAGUUCAGAGCGGAGAGCCAUUGAAGUUGCGGUGCCCGUACUAUGGGUUCCCAAUAAGUAAACUCGACUGGGAACACAGAGGCAAAAGAAUAUUAAGUUCAAUGAUAUCACAACAUCCAAGAUAUAAGAGAUCAAGCGACACACAAAGAGAGCUAUUGCUAAGGCAAACUGGACAUGAGUUAAGUGUCGAACAAAUCAGUACAGGAUUUAAACAUAGUGAAAAUUAUCGUAUAAAGCGGCAGUUAUUUGAACCUAAUGAAGAUGGAGUUCUAAGUAUACCAAAAGUAUUGAAGGAAAGUAACGGAGAAUCCUAUACAUGUAUUGUACACAGUCCUUCAGGUGAAAUGGCAAGACGGUCUUUUGAAAUCCAAGUUGUCGAAGCUCCAGAGCUGGACGAGCUGCGAGUGGGUACAGGACUGAAAGAAGGACAGAUUGUACAAAUCACCUGCAACAUCAUCAGUGGCGAUCCCCCAAUCUACUUUUCCUGGUUGAAGGACGGCAAGAAAAUGCCAGCCAGUCUCAAGAUAACUGAGAGAAGCUCAGAACUAUUCAGCGUUUUAAUCAUCAAGAGAGUGUCUUUGGAGCACUGUGGGAAAUACACGUGCAUCGCGACCAAUCACGUCGGGAAAGUGAAUCAGACAGCCGACCUUUACAUAAAUGUGGCCCCAAAGUGGAUAGACGAGCCAACCAACACGUCGCUUCUGCUCGGCCAGAGAGGAGUGGUGUAUUGUAACGCCAACGGCUACCCUACUCCGCAGAUACACUGGAUGAAGAGAGAUGCUACUCUUGGUAUUUGGAGACCCGUCCUCGACCUGGCUGGCGGCGGCAUCAUGAGCUACCCCAAUGGCACGCUCGUCAUCGAGGUAGUCUCUCUGGCUGACGAGGGCGUAUACUCCUGCAACGUCGAAAAUGGCGUCGGGGACAGUUUAAACAAAAACCUGUGGAUCAGCGUUAAUAAACCAGUGCACUUCGAAUCAAUGGGCUCGAAUGUGACGACCAAGGUGGGCCUGCCGGUGGCCCUAACGUGUCGUCCGCUAGGUGACAACCCCAUCCGGGUCAAAUGGAGCCUCAACGGAAACCCUGUAGAUUUCACUUCUUCCAGAAUAUCGGUAUCUGAAACCAAAAUCCACAACGGUAUCAAGAGCAUCAUCAGUAUCAACUUUGUGGAGAGCAGAGACGGAGGGAACUACGAGUGCAGAGCUAGUAACCCCUAUGGAGUAGCGGCGUAUAAUUUACAUCUAAGGAUACUGGAACCGCCUACUCCCCCACUGGACUUGCAAGUGGACUCGGUGACGAGUGACUCGGCCAAGCUGUCGUGGCGUGACACCAUCAGUUCGCACGUCCAGUACUACAACGUUCAGUACGCCACCAGCGACUUCAUGCUUUGGGAUACCGCUAAGAGCAUCAACAUUACGAGGCAAGACAACGAAAUUCGUCAGAGCAUAGAGCUCCGAGACUUGAUGCCGGCCGUGGACUAUAGAGUGCGAGUGGCUUCGGGUAACCAGGUCGACCUCAGUCCUUUCACGCAACCCGCUCAUUUCACUACGCAACAAAAAGCUCCAUCAUCCACGCCGUUGGGAGUCCAAGUCCAGGCAACAGAUAACCCCGGAGAGCUGAUCGUGUCCUGGCUGCCGCCGCCUAGAGACAGCCAUAACGGACACUUGCAAGGGUACCACGUCAAAGCGGUGCCAAGGGUCGGCGGUGAUAUUGGAACUGAUGAUACUCACACGAAAGUUCUUAAAGUGAUUUCAAGAAAAGGAAAACAAGAAACGACGUUGAGUGGGCUGUUAAAAAAUACAAGAUAUGCUGUUUCAGUGAGUGCUUUUAAUUCUGCCGGUAACGGCCCAUUUUCGUUGCCGGUUUAUCAAACAACAAGAGAAGGAGCUCCUGAGCAACCACCGACCAACGUAGAGUGUCGCGGGGCAUCUUCCACGUCGCUACGCGUGUCGUGGCAACCCAUCGCUACUCAUGGCGCUUCUCUGCUAGGCUAUUCCAUUUAUUAUACUACUGAAGAUGGAUCAUGGCAAAACAUGACUUCACCUCACACGGAGGUAUACCUGCAGGCGCUAUUGAAGUACAACAACUACACUAUCAAAGUGGCUGGUUUCUCUAACUACGGCAUGGGGCCAUUUUCAUACCCAGUCGUUUGCACUACCUUACAGGAUGUACCCGGACCUCCGCCAGAAAUAAAAGUACUUGUAUCAUCGCAGACGUCUCUUCUCGUGAGCUGGAAGCGACCGAUACAUCCCAACGGCGAAAUCACGCACUACACUGUCCAUGUCAAGCCGGUUUCCAGUACGAGUUCCCCACAAAAUUAUCGAGUGGAAGCGACACAAGAGUCUAACUUGUCAAGACACUUGACGUUCCCAAUAUCAGGAUUAGCCACCGGGAAACAGUACGAAGUGUUUGUGAAUGCCCAUACUGUGGCCGGCGAAGGAGCGGCCAGCAACAGGGUGCACGCAGAAUUAUCAUCUAAAGUUGUUGCUGGAGUGGCAUCUCUCGGAGGUCCAAUAUCAGUGGGAGUGGGCAGCUCGCUGCUGCUGGUGUGCCAGUGCGUGGGCGUGCCGCCGCCGCGCACCGUGUGGUACCACAAGCACAACAUCAUCACGCACCACCCGCGCUUCACCAGGAACCAUGACGAUAGUCUGCUCAUCAAUAAUAUAGACCAAUCUCUAAGCGGCAAUUACACAUGCCUGGCGAAGAACCUGUACGGAUCGGACUCGGUGUCAUACGGCGUGUUAGUCUUGCCGACCCCGGAACCGCCGGCGGUACGUGCCGAGCCGCACAAGCACGCGAUGCGGCUGGUGUGGGAUGUGCCAAGGGCAGCUGGCAAACUGCAGAAAAUAACUUACAACUUAUCUUGGAAAGAAGCGAACGGGUCAUGGCAGGACGCGUGGUUAGAGAAGGGAACCAUUAUCCAGGGCGCCCAGGAGUACACGCUGCAGGGCCUGAAGUGCGGCACGAAGUACGCGCUGCGGAUGACCGCGGCCAACAGCGUGGGCGCCAGCCAGCCGGCUUACAUCGACGCCACUACCCUAGGAGGAGUACCUGUUGCUCCAACCAGCACUGAAUGGUUUUGGAGUAAUUCCUCCCAUAUUUUCAUACAGUUGAGUGGCUGGGACGACAAUGGUUGUGAAAUCAUUAAAUGGGAGGUGGAAUAUAGAGAAUUUACAAGUAAAGUUUGGAAGAAGACCGAGAACCGACUCCCAUCGUUGGACCAGGUUUGGAAUCACUACGCCGCUACUUCAGUGCUAAACCAGCCGAACUCUUUUGUGAUAGCCGAUCUUAGCCCAGCACAAUGGUACCAGAUCAAAAUAACUGCUGAAAAUUCCGCCGGUGCAACUACUUCAAUAUUUUCUUUUGCUACGACUACUUUAUUAGGAGAAUCUAUAGGGCCGCCCUCGGAUUUCCUAGACCUCAACAUGUUGGUCAUCAUCUGUAGCUCUAUUUUGUUAACAAUUUGUACGUUUACCUGCAUCUACAUACUUAUCAAAAGACACAACCAGCAGCGCAUGACCGAAUACCGAAACUCUUUGACGGCCGAGUGCAAGUCUGAGCGCAGCAACGUUACCGUUAACACGCCACAGAGCGUCCCCACUGAAAUGAACAACAGGGUUUACAGUACUCCAGUACAUUUGACUGCUGAUAGCAAGCAUGAACUGUACGAAAUAAGUCCGUACGCGCAGUUCGCGAUCGGCUUCAGAACCUUCGGGCAUGUGGACAACCAAGAAGUCCCAAGUAGAGUGCAUCUACCGAGCAACAGCAAAUCGCGAUAUGAUAGCGAAACAAGUUUUCAAAUGCGCUCCGAAUCUGAAGAAAGUGAUUGCAUAUCACGGACAACUACAUUAAAAAGCGUUCCAAGAAAAGGCUGUAGAGUUCCGCAUCAUAGGUAGCCGACGCCUACAUUAAACUAGUCAACAAAAUAAUUAUAUCCCAAAAGGUUGUGUUGCCAAACUCACAACGAGUUUUGGAUAUUAGGUACUUUCAUAAAACAAAUGCAAAUAAGGUAACUAUAAUGGUUUAAGGUGCAGUGAGUUCAGGUCCUCUUCCGAACGCAGCUCGCCGAGCACUCAGCGGACGGCCGUGCGUGGCUGGGAUUGCGAAUAUCAUUGUUAUUAAAUUAUUAGUUUUAGUUAUUUUAUCUACACACUGUAUACACAUAUCAUAAACCCUCUAUGAAUCCUCCAAAGUCCGUAAAUAAUGGCUAACAUUACGAUAAGCUGUUUUGUUACAACAAAUUUCUUAUCUGUGAUGAUGUUGUAAUAGCUUCAUAACUACAUCAAAAUUGAUGUGGUUAUACAUUCAAAUUUGGAACACCUCGAAAAAAAAAGCAAUUCGAUUUGACCUCUAUUCUAAUAUUAGUCGAGAUGCCUUUUUGUUCUAAAUGAAAUGUCAAUUGCUACAAUUUUGACAUAUCUCGCAUGUUAAUUUGUAUCGAAUGAUACGGAAAUAGGCCCCCGACUCUAGUUUGUCUGUGAAUUAAAAAAAACUACGAAUGCGUGACAUGCGUGAAAAAAGUUUUCUUUUACCGCCAUUUGACUUACAGUUAUCUUUUAAUUAGUUUUAAGUAUAAAAUUAAUAUGUUUUGUUGUUUUUAAAGUAACUAUUGCAAAAGGGUCGUGUAAAAUGAGCGAUAAAAUUAUUUCAGUGACGCCAACAAAUAUUCGCGAGUUCCGCCAAGAGAGCAAAGAUGCUCAACGUUGGCUGUAAUUUGGGUUAGUGAAUAUAUCAUAAAAAGUUUAUAAUAUGUGUGUAGAUAAAAUAGUGUAUGUAACUGUAUAUAAUUAGGCAUCAAA